AUGAUGUUUUUCGACAUUGUCUCAUUUAGUCGACGAAUUUGUCCAAUGUUCAAAACUUCAGGGUGGUGCUGUUCAGGGUUCUAAUACUUUUUUCUGUUCUGCACUGCACCUACAAGGAACUCAAAUCAUGAAAUUUGCAGAGCAUCUUGCUGCUCACAUUACGCCAGAAUGGCGAAAGCAGUAUAUAAACUACGAGGAAAUGAAGACAAUGUUAUAUGAGGCAGUAGAACAAUCUCCAUCUGCUGAACUUGUAGUCCCUGAUGUCCUCACGCGCUACUUUACAAAGUUUGAUGAGCAAUUCUUUCAUUACUGUGACAAGGAAUUAGCCAAAAUUAAUACUUUCUACUCCGAGAAAUUGGCAGAGGCUACACGGAAGUAUAGCAGCCUGAAAACAGAACUCACUGAAGCACAAGAAAUUGAUACACCACACAAGAAAAGUUCUUUGCAUUCUAAAUAUCUAUUGCGAAAACAAAAUGUUCCCGCGAGGAAGAUUCAAGAAUUGAAGCUGGCUUUCAGUGAAUUCUAUUUAAGCUUAAUUCUUCUACAAAACUACCAGAAUCUAAACUUUACUGGCUUCCGCAAGAUCCUUAAGAAACACGACAAGCUUCUUUCAGUGGAUAUUGGAGCAAAAUGGAAGCAAGAUCACGUCGAAUCGGCCCAUUUCCAUACGAAUAAGGAUAUUGAUAGACUUAUCCAUGAAACAGAAACAGUAGUUACGCAGGAGAUUGAGAAGGGUGAUCGUCAAAAGGCAAUGAAACGUCUACGAGUACCUCCAUUGGGCGAGGCUCAGAGUCCUUGGAUUACCUUCAAGGUUGGUCUGUUCUCUGGAGCUUUUCUUGUACUACUACUUACUGUAGUCAUAUGCGCAUUCUUCCAUGCGCCCAAGGAUAAUUGGAGAGCUGCUGUACGUCUCUAUCGUGGUCCCUUCUUAAUUGUGGAAUUUCUCUUUCUUUGGGGUAUAAAUGUGUACGGAUGGCGAUCAUCAGGAGUCAACCACGUCCUUAUUUUCGAACUUGAUCCUCGAAAUCAUCUCUCAGAGCAGCACAUUAUGGAAUUAGCGGCUGUUUUUGGUGUUAUAUGGACCCUUAGUGUUCUAGCAUUUCUCUACAGUGAUGAUCUAGGUGUGCCCGCGUACGCACAUCCAAUGAUUCUUUACUCUCUUAUGGCUCUCUUUCUCCUAAAUCCGACUCGGACCUUUCGUCAUGAAGCUAGAUUUUGGACAAUUCGGGUUCUCGGGAGAAUUUUACUUGCACCUUUCCCCUAUGUGACAUUUGCGGACUUCUGGAUUGCUGACCAGCUCACCAGUAUUAUUCCUGCUUUUCUCGAUCUCCAGUAUUUCUUUUGCUUUUACUCACGCAACACGAAUUGGUCCAAGGCAACUGAUGUAAAUUCUUGUGUGGAAGAAUUCUACUUCAUCCGACCACUUGUGGCUAUGAUGCCCAGCUGGUUCAGAUUUGCCCAGUGCUGCCGGCGCUACAAAACAUCCCGGGAAGCUUUUCCGCAUCUUGUGAAUGCUUCUAAGUAUGCUGCCUCUUUCUUUGUUGUCAUCUUCUCCUCACUUACAUUUGCAACUACAAAUACAUAUUCGGAUUCUACCAACAAUCCGUGGUUUUAUCUGUGGAUUGUAGCAUCAAUAAUUUCUUCGUGCUAUGCAUAUGGAUGGGACAUUAAAAUGGACUGGGGGUUGUUUGAUGCGAAAGCAGGCGACAAUAGAUUCUUGAGGGAGGAAAUUGUGUAUUCAUCAACGUGGUUCUAUUAUUUUGCCAUUGUGGAGGAUUUAAUUUUGCGCUUUGGGUGGACGCUAUCAAUGAGUCUCAUUGAGGGAGGGUACAUUGAGAGAGAAAUCAUGAUUACCAUUCUCAGUCCCCUGGAGGUGUUCAGGCGUUUCGUUUGGAAUUACUUUCGACUUGAAAAUGAACACCUUAACAAUUGUGGAAACUUUAGAGCGGUCAGGGAUAUUUCCGUUGCUCCCCUGGAUUGUUCGGACCAGACGACGAUUUUGAGGAUGAUGGACGAGGUGGAUGGUGUAGUAAAUAGGCGCGGCAAGAAGGGUGGUGCUGACAGUAAAAGGAGACAAGAAGCUCGUUUACUCAUUCAAGCGGAUUCAAUUGACGACUUGGAUCUGUAGAGUAGUGAAGAUGCCAUGCUACCCUCGACGACAAUCUCAAUCCAUAAUCAUUGCUCUCUCUUGCAUGAAGAUUGCUCGGUGAAUGUCUAGUCAAUGGAAUUUCAAAUCGCAUACCGAUCUUUCUUUUUUGUCUUUUUAGCUGUGAUUCUUUCUU